AUGGGUCCUCAGUAUCACAUGCCUGUCAUGGGUCCUCAGUACCACAAGUUUGUCAUGGGUCCUCAGUACCACAUGCCUGUCAUGGGUCCUCAGUACAAGUUUGUCAUGGGUCCUCAGUACCACGUGCCUGUCAUGGGUCCUCAGUACAAGUGUGUCAUGGGUCCUCAGUACGACAAGUUUCUCAUGGGUCCUCAGUACCACAUGCCUGUCAUGGGUCCUCAGUACCACAAGUUUGUCAUGGGUCCUCAGUACCACAAGUUUGUCAUGGGUCCUCAGUACAAGUUUCUAGUGGGUCCUCAGUACCACAAGUUUGUCAUGGGUCCUCAGUACAAGUUUGUCAUGGGUCCUCAGUACCACAAGUUUGUCAUGGGUCCUCAGUACCACAUGCCUAUCAUUGGUCCUCAGUACAAGUUUGUCAUGGGUCCUCAGUACCACAUGCCUGUCAUGGGUCCUCAGUACCACAAGUUUGUCAUGGGUCCUCAGUACCACAAGUUUGUCAUGGGUCCUCAGUACCACAAGUUUGUCAUGGGUCCUCAGUACCACAUGCCUGCCAUGGGUCCUCAGUACAAGUUUGUCAUGGGUCCUCAUUACGACAAGUUUCUCAUGGGUCCUCAGUACCACAAGUUUGUCAUGGGUCCUCAGUACCACAACCCACAAUCCACACCCAACGUUCCCCGCCCAUCAAACACCACACACCCUUCCAACACCCCACAAUCCACACCCAACGUUCCUCGCCCACCCAACACCCCACAAUCCACACCCAACGUUCCUCGCCCAUCCAACACCCCACAAUCCACACCCAAUGUUCCUCGCCCAUCCAACACCCAACAAUCCACACCCAACGUUCCCCGCCCAUCCAACACCCCACACCCUUCCAACACCCCACAAUCCACACCCAACGUUCUUCGCCCAUCCAACACCCCACACCCAGCCCACAAUCCACACCCAACGUUCCUCGCCCAUCCAACACCCCACAAUCCACACCCAACGUUCCUCGCCCAUCCAACACCCCACAAUCCACACCCAAUGUUCCUCGCCCAUCCAACACCCAACAAUCCACACCCAACAUUCCUCGCCCAUCCAACACCACACACCCAUCCAACACCCAACAAUCCACACCCAACGUUCCUCGCCCAUCCAACACCCAACAAUCCACACCCAACGUUCCUCGCCCAUCCAACAACCACAAUCCACACCCAACAUUAA